AGCGUGACCGGGCGCGGGGCCGCGCGUGCGGGACGGCGGCGCGAUGGCGCGAGGUGGCUGUGCCGCUAUUUAGGGGCAGCGGCCGCGCAGCGCAGGCGGCGGUGCCAGAAAUCAUGUGCAGCAUGUUUUCUAGGUGGAACUGGGUGACCUGUGGCUUCUAUCUGGUGUUGAAUAUCUGUUCUCCUGACGCUUCAGGUGGUCUUGUGCAGUCAUGUGGUCACAUCAUUCCGGAGUCACCUGUACUGGCCCUUGGUUCCAAUUUCACAGCAUUAUGCAUUCUGAAUGAGAGUUGUCUUGACUUUGGCAAUAUCUAUGCCAGUCAGAUUAUCUGGAAGAUUAAAAAUAGACUGGUACCUAAAGAACAGUAUCGUGAAAUAAACAGAACAGUUUCCAGUGUCACAUUCAAUGACACUUCUACACUAGCUACUCCUCUGACAUGCAACAUUUUAGCAGAUGGACAGAUUGAACAGAACAUUUAUGGAAUUACCAUUACAGUAGGCUUGGCCCCAGAGAAGCCCAAAAACUUAAGCUGCAUUGUGCAUCAGGUAUCAAGAUUCACGUAUGUUAUGACUUGUACCUGGAACCCUGGAAGGCACACAUUCCUAGAUACUCAGUUCAGGUUGAGAUACAGCUGGCCAGAAGAGAUGUUUCCUGAUUGUAUACCAAAAGAUGUAAACAAUUCUUGCACCGUUACUGAUAUUCAGUUCUUUGUUAACACAGAGAUUUGGGUAGAAGCAACAAAUGCACUUGGGAAGGCUGAAUCUGAUCCUCUUGUUGUUGAUCCCAUUGACAUUGUUAAACCACUGUCUCCACAGAAUGUAUCAGUCAGCUCAGGAAUACUACCUACUGUUCUGAAGCUUUCCUGGGAGAAUUGGAUUUCAGAUGCUGUGAUGACGCUGAAAUUCAAUAUUCGCUACAAGAUAGCUGGUGACACAAACUGGAUGGAGGUUCCUUCUGAAGAUACAGCUUCCCCAAGAACUUCAUUCAGUGUUCAAGGUCUCAGACCCUACACAGAGUAUGUCUUUUCCAUUCGUUGCAUGAAGGAAGAUGGAGUGGGCUACUGGAGUGACUGGAGUGAAGAAAAGACUGGGAUUACCACUGAAGAUGAACCAUCUAAAGGACCACCCCUAUGGAGGAUCAUUGAUACCUCUCACUCACCAGCUUCCUGGACUGUGCAUCUAAUAUGGAAGGCACUGAAGCCAUUUGAAGCCAAUGGAGUAAUCUUGCAAUAUGAAGUGACUGUCAGAGAUAAAUCAUCUCUUUCCUGUCCAGUGAAGAAAUACAAUGUUACCAGCACCAACCAUACCUUGCAGCUGCCUGAGGGAACUUACGAAGUGACUCUGGUUGCCCGUAACAGUGUUGGGGCAUCGCCUCCAUCAGUUUUACUUAUCCCAGCAAGUAAUUCUAAAGCUCCUGUGAAGAAUCUUAGAACAUUACCUAAACAUGACAAGUUGUGGGUCGGAUGGACUGCUCCUAAUAGUUAUGUUCUUAAAUAUGUGAUCGAAUGGUGUCUGUUGUCCAGCAGCUCAGACUGCAUCAUAGAUUGGCAGAUUGCACUAGGAGAUGUUCAAGGAAUAGACUUAAAAGGUAUAAAGCCUUUCAAGUGUUACUUGAUAACUGUGUACCCUCUGUAUGCUGAUGGUCAGGGCAGUGGACAGUCUGUGAAGGCUUAUCUUAAGCAAGAUCGCCCUUCAAAAGGACCCACUGUUCAGACAAAAAAAGUAGGAAAAGCUGAAGCUGUUUUGACAUGGAACCAUCUCACAGUUGAGGAACAAAAUGGAUUUAUCCGAAAUUACACCAUACUGUACAAAACUAUUGAUGGAAAUGAAACAGUUGUGACAGUGGACCCUUCCAAGACAGAGUAUACCCUUUCCUCUCUAACCAGUGACACGCUGUAUACUGUGCGGAUGAUGGCAUCCACAGAUAAUGGAAGCAGGACUGGUCCUGAUUUCACAUUUACUACACAAAAAUUUGGAAAAGGAGAAAUUGAAGCGAUAGUUGUACCUGUGUGUCUAGCAUUCCUGUUGAUUGUGCUUCUUGGAGUUCUGUUUUGCUUCAACAAACGUGACCUAAUUAAAAAACAUAUCUGGCCUAUCGUACCUGAUCCAUCCAAGAGUAAUAUUGCUCAGUGGUCUCCUCAAGUUCCAGCUAAGCAUAACUUUAAUUCCAAAGAUCAGAUGUCCCCAGAAGGCAGCCUUACAGAUGUAAGCAUUGUAGAAAUAGAAGCUGAUGACAAGAAGUCUUUUUCAGAACAAGAUCUAAAACCCUUUGACUUGCUUAAAAAAGAAAAAAGUACUUCAGAAGGGCACAGCAGUGGUAUUGGAGGAUCCUCAUGCAUGUCUUCUCCUAGGCAAAGCGUCUCUGACAGCGAUGAAGGUGAAACAACACAGAACACUUCAAGCACUGUACAGUAUUCGACUGUAGUGCUUAAUGGCUACAGAGACCAGACACCUGUACAAGUCUUUUCAAGGUCUGAGUCAACUCAGCCACUGCUAGAUUCAGAAGAGAGAUCAGAGGAUCAUGCUGGAGGAGCUGAGAGUACAGCACAGAGGCAGCAGUAUUUCAGACAGAAUGGUGGUCAGGAUGAAACCAACACAGACAGGCCAUGCUUUGAAAGAACAAAGCAGGUUACUCAUGCUAAUGAGGGAGAUCUUGUUGGAUUUGUUCAACUGCAGAUCUCAGGUCAGAGUUCACAGCCAUUGGGCCUUGGGAUGGAAAAAAAUACCCAGGAAGCUGCUCUAUCAAAUGUUUUACAGACAUGUACUGAAGGACAAGCUGUGAGACCUGAAACAGUGGAAGAAAAUCCACUGUCAGUAGAUGAAAUGCCAAAAAGUUACCUCCCACAGACUGUGAGACAAGGGGGCUAUAUGCCUCAGUGAGAGAAAAGACUGGCUCUGUUUAGGCCUUCAUUAGUGCCUGUUCACAUUUUCCCCUGUGUUUCUGAUAAAGUAAGCUAGGUAUUUUUAUCUUCCUGCAGAUAGAAAAACUGAAAUUAAGUGAAGAGUAAUUUGACAAAAUACAGUAAGGACUGUUUCUGUGGAAAAUUUCCAGUCCAGACCUACUGGAGAUUUACUUUUAUGCACUACAUAAAACCUUACAUCUGGGUAGCUGAAUGAGCCUUUGUGCUACAAUGGGUGUUGUAUAUCUCUUCAUAACAGAAUUUCACAUGAUUGAAAAGGUAAAGUUUUAAAUAUCCACAUCAGCCAAUAGACUUCCCAGAAAAAACACUUCUAUGCGUGACAGUGUACAAGCCUAAAAAGCCAGCUCUAGUUGCAUAGUGCAGCUUUGUGCAAAAGUAAGACUGAAGCUCAGUAUUCUGACAUGGAAGAAUACUUGUAUGAUACACUUUUCAAUAACUUAAUUGACUUACUGAAUUUUGACUUGGCCCAGUGCCUCAAUUUUCAGCUUACCAGACCUGCCAAUCAUUUUCAUCCCUGUUUAAAAACCGUAAAAAUUAAACAGAACUUGCUAUGGUAUACAAAUAGGAAAACACCAAGAUUGCCUGAAUCUAAAUGCUGCUAUAGUAAUCGAUACUUUACCUACAUUUAGAUGUGUGUACACAUGAAUGACUGAGUAAUUUGGCCUAAAAAAUGUGCCUUGCAACUUGACGCACAGCAAUUCAGUCUCAAAAGUUUGGAAAUCAAAUGGCAACACAGAUCAGCGGUUACUUAAAGGCUUUGUACCCCAAUCACUGUUUGAUUAUAUAAAAUUUCUGUGGUCAUAUAUGCCUUUGUUUAAUAAGUGCACCUUUGCUGUGUACAGCUGAAGUAACAAGCUGUAAGAUUUUACCAUUUUUCUGACUGCUCAGGAGAAAGGAAAUAUGACCUUCCUCCUGACAGACUGCAGCUAUUAGUGUGCUGUAACCUCACUGCUAAUACUGCAGGACAUCCUUGAAACUGAAGGCAGCCAAAGCAUUGAAGUCAUUGAUGCUCUUGGAAUUAAACCAAAACCUGUACUCUGAAUUUGAACUUUGCUGGUAGCACACUUAAGUGGUUGUUAAAAAUUGUUUCCUUUUCCAUUGGCAAUCAUGAGCCACAAAACACACUUCAGUGGUUGUUAAAAUUCCUUACUUUGUUCUUAAUGUCUCACUUUUUCCCUGCUCAUACAAUUUUACAUUUUUUUGAGGAAGCUACCUUUCUUGGAAACUUCCUCUACUAGUGCUUAAAAAAAUUUUAAAUUAUGUGACAAUAAACCCCUGCUCCAGCGAUAACCAGAAAUUUUAUGGCACUCUUAAAGAUUUUUUUAAAAAUUAAUUUUAAAUCUAAUAUAGGCUAGCUAGCUUUCUAAUCUGACACUAAUAAAAUUGUAUUUCAAAACACUAAAUGCUGUUUUGUGAGACUAAAACAAGUGUUUUAUUUCUCCUUCAGCAAAAUAACUAUGUAUUUAAGACCUGAAACCUUUUGUGCUGUGACCUCUGGUACUGCUGUUCUGUAGAGCACUUGCUAAAAGCCCUUGAAAUGCCUGUGUCAGUAUCAUUUCAUCUUCCCUUGUCUGCCAGAUUGCAUGAAAAGAUGGGUAUACAUCUAAAUGUCCACAUGUCUUUUGCUUUUGUUAUGACAAAAUCAAGUGCAAGAGUAAAUUUGUAGGAUUACCUCUUGAAGUUUGGAAUAUUUAAAACAGAUAAAGAAUGCAGAAUCUUUAACAUUUCUGUAUUCCACAGCUCCUUUCUCCUGACAGUAUUUUUCUGUGUCUAGGCACUUUUUUUUUAGGCUAUGUUGCAGCUUACUCUAGUUACACCUUUCUUCAGACCUUUUUCUUCCUUUCCCCACUGCAGCUCAGCACCUUCAAACUCCCUCCCAGGGAGCAAAGGCAUAAUGAAAACUGCUGUCAUGAGACAGCAGACACCAUCUUUUGUUUUUCAGAGGCUGAAGGAGCAUUCCUUUUUCAGAACACAUUUAUUCUUGGGAAAAAAAUAGCAGUUACUUUACUGGGGGAUGAGUUAUCUUCUCUAUGCAAAUGUCACAGUGACUGUAGAAGCCACAGGUAAAAGGGAAGAGUCUCUGUUGAGCAGUGUGCGUGCUUACUAGAACUGCAAUUAAUCCAUCAUCUCCUGAAAUGCUAUAGGCCACAACCUGGCUAUGUAGUCUAAACAGUGCUGCAGAGGUCUGGAUGUUUUCAAAAACACGUUCAUGAUUUAUUUUAAAUUAUGCUUUUGUGAUUCAGUAAUACUAACUUUUAAUAGCAUAUGUUAUUUGAGGGAGACUGUCAGGUAUUCACUAAGUUGCUACUUGUCUUUCUGUAAAUGGAUGGUAUUUUCUUCUCAGUUGCUAUUAAUCAUGGGCCAUGCAAGACUUAAUUGAUGUUAAACAGCAGCAACAUUCUGGUUUUUAAAGUCUCUGCUAACAAGAGUUCUGGCCUGUCA